AUGUCUGAAUCUCUCGUCUACAAGGGAUCGUGAGUCGUCGCCGUUUUUUUCCUCCUGCGGUGCGGGCGCUGGCUGGGGUCGUCGUCAACGCCUUCGCCGGUUGGCGCGCGCGCGCGUCUCUCGUUGAAUGCGUGCGCACAGGCUCGCGCGGGCUGCGAGAAUGGCCUUUUUCCUCAGCAGCAGCAGCCAGCGACAGCCCUGCACCUCACCUACAUCUCUGUGGACAUGUCACUCAUCUCCUAUGCUUUCCCGCCGAUUGCAGGCUCGUCGGCCACAAGGGCGACAUCACGGCCAUCGCCACCUCUUCGGAGAACCCCGACAUGAUCUUGACCGCCUCGCGCGACAAGACCAUCAUCAUGUGGACCUUGACCCGUGACGAGGUACGUCGACCGCGUCUCAAGUCUUUCUUGCAAGGGAAAUCCCACGGACUAAGCCCUCGUUCCCGACUCCCUUCAGUCCGCCUAUGGUUUCCCCAAGCGAGUGCUCCACGGCCACAACCACUUCGUCUCGGACGUUGUCGUCUCGUCCGACGGCCAAUUCGCCCUCUCCGCCUCGUGGGACAAGACACUGCGAUUGUGGGACCUCAACACCGGUCUGACCUCGCGCCGUUUCGUCGGCCACACCUCGGACGUGCUUUCCGUCUCCUUCUCGGCCGACAACCGUCAGAUCGUCUCCGGUUCGCGUGACCGCACCAUCAAGCUGUGGAACACGCUCGGCGAGUGCAAGUUCAACAUCCAGGAGGAUGGCCACACCGAAUGGGUCUCGUGCGUGCGCUUCUCCCCCAACCCUCUCAACCCCGUCAUCGUCUCGGCUGGUUGGGACAAGGUCGUCAAGGUGAGCAUUUUUCUCUCUUUUUGGGUGCUUCUUCAACAGCAGCAGCAGCAGCAGCAGCAGCAGCAUCGCAUCCCGCGACCAUUCUUCGAGCCGCGCGGUACACUCUACACAGUCGAAAGACUUGUGGCGGCGUACUCGAACGGCACACCACCAAAGCCACCACCGUCUUCUUCACCCCCCUCGAGCACCGCUCCCUUCCAUCCACACAUGAUGAUUUUUCCUUGUGUAUAUAUUUGCUACUUCAGAGGGCGUAUCUUCCCUAUGAGAACAACCAAUUUUAUCCACCAAGAUCGCUGACCCCUUCCCACUUCCAUGGGAAGAUGGUUGGAAGGGGUGGUGCUUUUGGGGGCGGGUGGGACACGGUGGUUUCGUGGUUGCUGCUUUGGCUUUGAUUGGAUGGUUUUGCCGCUGCUGUUGCUGGAGCGCGCUGCAUUGCUUCCUUUGAUUGAUGAUCGGUUUUGCUGACUGUCACGCUUCGGAUCACUGCUCUUUAGGUCUGGGAGUUGUCCAAGUGCAAGCUGCGCGUGAACCACUACGGCCACACGGGCUACAUCACGACCGUCACCGUUUCCCCCGACGGUUCGUUGUGCGCCUCGGGAGGCAAGGACGGCGUCACGAUGCUCUGGGAUCUCAACGAGGGCAAGCACCUCUACUCGCUCGAAGCCGGAGACCGAAUCAACGCCUUGGUGUUCUCCCCCAACCGUUACUGGCUUUGCGCGGCCACCGCUUCGUCGGUCAAGAUCUUCGACCUCGAGAGCAAGAGCUUGAUCGCCGAGUUGACGCCCGAGUUUGUGGAUGUCGGUAAGAACUCGAACAACCCCGAGGCGACAUCGUUGGCUUGGUCCGCCGAUGGCGCGACCUUGUUCGUUGGUUACGCCGACAGCGUCGUUCGCGUUUACACCGUUGUUGCUUAA